AUGAAGAAGAUGAUAGCUCUAGGGUUUGAGGGUUCAGCCAACAAGAUUGGUGUUGGGGUUCUUUCACAGCUUUGGAAGAAACCCAUUGUUGCAGUUAAUCAUUGCAGUGCACAUAUUGAGAUGGGAAGGAUUGUGACAGGUGCAUAUGAUCCUGUUGUGUUGUAUGUCAGUGUGGGAACGCACAGGGUAUUAACACUCUCCAAUGAUCCAAGCCCUGGAUAUAACAUUGAGCAGAUGCAACAAUCUAAGCAACAAGAGAGAUUUAACAUGCAAGGUCCGAAAAAUGAUAAUUCUAAUAUCUGA